GUUGGUUCUCGGCGGUUCUGUCGUUCAAGAACCGACGCUCUCCUUGUUCUUGUGGCCUGAGGUUGGCGUGGUUGGAUCAUUCGUCGUGCGAUACCAACACUAACGACGAUCGGUGCUGGCGACGCUUGCUGGCCCCUGGACCCCGUUCGACCACUUCACUCGAUAUCCGCUUGCAGCUGCGUUGACAGCUGCGUAGCGUCACGUCCUCUGCAAGAUGGAGACUACGCUCUUUCCUGUAACAGCAUUACCGACGUGUGUCACGAAUUGCGGUAGUUUAUACGACGUCAAUGGCGCCUGCGUCCCGCCGGCCACGACGACGGCCGCUGAAAGUGUUUACGCUAGCUGCUUUUGCAACAAUCCUAAACUCGCACCAUUCAAGACGGGCACCACCGGAGUGUGCGAUAACGCCUGUGCCGCAACCACCGACCUGGGAAGCAUCCAAAGCUGGUUCACGAGUUUCUGCAACAACAUCGCUGCUGUUGCGGUCGACACCACGACAGUCACAUCCUCGACGUCAUUGGCACAAGCGGGCUCGAGUAACAAUGGGGGCGGCGGCGGGACAUGGAUUGAUACCCACUACCAGUGGGUGAUCUUUCUCGUCAUCAUGAUCGUCGGCAUCGUCGGCAUCUGGGUCGGCGCCUGCAUUUGGCGCCGGCGCUACCUCCGCAAGAAGGACCGCGGGUACGCCCUCGGCACCAACCUGGCGCGCACCACGGCAUUCGGCCCCGCCGUACCCAACGCCAGCAGCGCCGGGUCGGUGCACGCGUCCCAGCCGGGCGCGUUUCAACCCACCCCAGUCGGCGGCGCCGGCGUGUUUGCGGAGAAACCGCAGAAGGCGAAGAAGAAGUGGCUUGUCCGUGAGCGAACGUAGGACAAUCUACAGAAGGGGGUAUGAUCUCGGACUUCACGCACUAGACCUCGUAUAUAUCGGGCGGCCCCCUCCCUUCCUUUUUUGUUUACUGCAUGCAUACGUGGAUGGAUAUACGGGCCAAGGCUUAUCACCCUGCC